CAUUCAAGAUGUUUUACUUAACAAUUUUUGCUGGUUUACUUGCUCUUGCGAGCGCUGCUAGCUUACAUGGCCUUUCCACGUACAUGGAUAGCGACUCACCGAAAGUAAUGUUUCCCGAACAAGCUCGUGGUCGCACUUCUUCCCGUAUCAUCGCUGGUCAGGAAGCGAAACUCGGUCAAUUUCCUCAUCAAGCCAGAAUCAUCAUUUACAAGGGUUUGCUCUCACGAAGUAUUUGUGGAGGCGCAAUUAUUUCAGAAACUGUCGUAUUUACCGCCGCUCAUUGCACUUACCGAAGUCUUUUAUUCGACCUUGGAUUUGGUUCUAUUAACUCCGACAGCCCAGCGGUUUCUAUGAAAACUAUGCGCAAAGUGGAACAUCAAGAUUAUGAUCCUUCAAACUUAAACAACGACGUUUCUUUGCUAAUUCUUCCAAGAAAAUUGAGUUUCAACAGCAACAUCAAAGCUAUUAAGUUGCCAUCAUUGAGUCAGCAGGACGAAACUUUCGAACAUGCCAAAGCUACGGUUUCGGGACAUGGCAAAACUGCGGAUGAUGGACAGGUUUCAAAGCGUUUGAUGUUUACGAAUGUUGAGGUGAUCAGCAACGAUGAAUGUGUGGAGUAUUACAACUCGGAUAUCAUUCGAGAUUUUACGUUGUGUGCAAUUGGUUUUGAUAAUGAUCGUCAAUCAACGUGCAAUGGUGACUCUGGCGGUCCAUUGAUUACCGAUGAUGAAGAAAGUGGUGAGAAAAUUCACAUUGGAGUUGUUUCGUUUGUGUCUGGACGUGGAUGUGAAGCAGGAUAUCCCUUUGGAUUUGUUCGAACGACGAGUUAUUUGAACUGGAUUCACGGAAAUUCAGGAAUUGAAAUAGAAUAAAUAGAAAGUCAUUAAAAAAGUA